AUGUGCUCCACACCCGGCAUGCCCAACCCUGGCGCCCCCAUCACGCUGCGCGUCUCCUUCGUGGAUGUGCAUCCGGAGGUCAUCCCCGUGCAGCUCUGGGGGCUGGUGGGCGACCGUCGAGAGGAGUACGUGCGUCUGGGUCACGACAUCCAAGUGGCCGCAGCGGCGGUAGCGGCCCGGACCCGGGCUAUGCCAGCAGCUAACCCCGGCGAGCUGUGCCUCGUGCAGCUGGGCCCCCGCUGGCACCGCUGCCGCGUGGUCAGCAGACAGGCGCAGGAGUGCCGAGUCUUCCUCCUGGACGAAGGCCGCACGGUCACGGCCAACUCAGCUGCCUUGGCCCCUGGCCGCAACGAGUUCUUCCACCUGCCGUCAGAGGUGCUGGGCUGCGUGCUGACCGGCCUGGUGCCACUCGGGGGAGGCGGCGGGGAGCCCCAGCAGUGGUCCCGAGGCGCCGUGGAUUUCCUUGGCCACCUCCAAGGCAAGGAGGUGCAGGGCCGAGUGCAAGAUGUGCUGCUUCCCCAGCGCCUGGUGCUGCUGGAGGUGCCUACUGUGUUCCAGCAGAUGCAGGACCUGGGCCUGGCGCGACAGGUGCCUGACAGUCUCUUUAGAUCACUGCUGAAGCGCUACAUCAAUGCCGCGGGCGCUUCGGUGCUCCUCCCCAGGGCCCUGCCCAAGCAGGAGCCCCCGCAGCUCUUGGAUUACUUCUACCCCCAGCUGCAGCUGGGCGUUACGGAGCCCGUGGUGGUGACCCAGGUGUGCCACCCGCAUCGCAUUCACUGCCAGCUCCGCAGCCUUUCCCAGGAGAUCCGCCGGUUGUCUGACAGCAUGGCCCAUGCCUAUCGGGCAACAGGUACCGGGGACGAAAGUGGGAGAAACAGCAGCUGGGAGGAGAGGGAGGAGAGCCCGGACAAGCCCGGCUCCCCUUGUGCCGCCUGUGGCCUGGACGGACAGUGGUACCGAGCACAGCUGCUAGAGAAUUUUCGACCGCAGCGCUGUGCCCAAGUGCUGCAUGUAGACUAUGGGAGGAAAGAGCUAGUGAGCUGUGGUAGUUUGAGAUACUUGCUUCCCGAAUAUUUUCGGAUGCCGGUGGUUACUUAUCCCUGUGCCUUAUACGGACUCUGGGAUGGUGGACGAGGCUGGUCUCGUUCCCAAGUAGGAGACCUCAAGGCCCUGAUCCUAGGUCAGGCGGUAAAUGCCAAAAUUGAAUUUUAUAGUUCCUUUGAACACGUAUAUUAUGUAACAUUAUAUGGAGAGGAUGGGAUUAAUCUCAACUGUGCCUUCGGGGUCCAGUCCUGCUGUCUGGCCGACAGACUUCUCCAGAGCCCCGGCCUGGAAGAAGAGGAAGGAAAGGAGUCCGAGCCUGAGGAGGGGUUGGAAGAUGACCUGUCUCCGCCCGUCCUGAAAGCUGUGCGUUUGAAGGCUAAUUCUUUCUAUGAUGCCCAGGUAGAAUUUGUUAAGGAUCCCUCGGAGUUUUGGAUCAGGUUGAGAAAACACAGUGGCCCCUUUAGCAAGUUAAUGAGGAGUAUGUGUAACUUCUACUCAUCGCGAAAGCUGGACGGCUUGGCGCUUCAGCCGGUGCCCGACCACCUCUGCUGCGCCAAGUGGAAAGAGCACGGGUAUUACCGAGCUGUAGUCACUAGACUGGUGGGGGACAAAAGCGUGGAAGUGCACUUGGUGGAUCGGGGCGAUACUGAGACAGUGGGCUGCUCAGACGUGAAAAUGCUGCUACCUCAGUUCAGGCAGCUCCCAGCUGUAGCGCUGAGGUGCUGUCUGGCCGAUAUCUGGCCCCUCGGGGAAACUUGGAGCCGGGAAGCCAUUUCCUAUUUCAAAAAAACUGUGCUGCACAAGGAGUUGGUCAUUCACGUUCUUGAUAAGCAGGAUAACCAGUAUGUCAUUGAAAUUCUUGAUGAAUCAAGAAUGGGGGAAGAAAAUGUAAGCAAACUGAUUGCCCAGGCUGGAUAUGCCAAAUAUCAGGAAUUUGAGAUGAUGGACAUCAGGCCACCAGCGCACUCCCCGGGGCAAAUUCCAAAUCAACUAAAUGCUGAUUGUAACCGAAUGGCUUCUGCCAAGAAGGUUGGAAUGGGACAGUGGGCAAUGAAAGAUGACAAGCCUCCAGUUUUAGACGUUGGGACUGACCGAACAGUUGUUACAAAAAGCUCUUUCAGUGAAUCAGUUGUGCAGGCAGCAGAGAAAACAAGAAAUAUGCCUAUCUAUUCUCCACUAGUACAAAAUUAUUUGGAAAUUAAGCCGGGCUCUCCCUAUAAAGGUCAGUUAGAAGUUGGGAGCACAGUAGAAGUUAAAGUGUCUUAUGUUGAAAGCCCUGGAUAUUUUUGGUGCCAACUGACCAGAAACCUCCAAGGUCUCAGAACCCUAAUGUGUAAAAUUCAGGAGUUUUGCAAGAAUUCUACCCCUCUAUACCAGGGAAUCAGUCCAGCUUGCUUGGCAAAGCGAACUAUUAAUGGGAAAUGGUCCAGAGCUUUGAUUAUUAGUGGAACCCCUUCUACUGACCAUGCCAAAGUAAUAUUUGUUGACUAUGGAAAUAAAGAAAUAGUCUCUAUGAAGAAUAUCUAUUCAAUCAAUGAUGAUUUUUUAAAGCUAAAGGCUCAAGCUUUUAGAUGUAGCCUGUACAAUUUAAUUCAACCAGCCAGUCAAAAUCCCUUUGUUUGGGAUGAAAGAGCAAUUCAAGCUUUUAAAGAAUUUGUAGAUAAUGCCUGGGAAGAUAAUCUGGAGUUGAAAUGCACAAUUUUUGCCCUAGCAGCAAUAAAUAACAAAGAACUCUUUAAUGUGGUAGAUUUACUAACUCCUUUUCAGAGUGCUUGCCACUACCUAACAGAAAUUGGGUUUGCCAAACAAGUUCAACUUCAGAAACCUCUAGCAUCCUCCAUGCAACUCCAUUCCUACUAUUAUUCCACCCAUGACAUCAAAAUUGGAAGUGAAGAAGCUGUUUUUGUAACACAUGUUGAUGGACCUUGGACUUUUUAUUGCCAGCUUUCGAGGAGCUCAGGUGUGCUAGAGCAGCUGUCAAGUGAUAUUUGUCGAUUAAGCAGAGUCUUACAACAUUCAAAAACAUCUUCAUUAAACCCUGGGACUUUGUGCCUUGCAAAAUAUAGUGACCAGAAUUGGUAUAGAGGAAUAGUCACAGGCAAAGAACCAAACAAAGUUUUCUUUGUUGACUUUGGGAAUGUUCAUGUGGUUGCAAAUGAAGACUUGCUUCCAAUCCCAGGUGAUGCCUAUGAUCUCUUACUUUUGCCAAUGCAAGCCGUGAAAUGUUCUUUGUCUGAUGUCUAUGACAAUACUCCUAAAGAAAUUGCAGGUUGGUUUGAAGAGGCCGUAUUAGACAAAUCACUGAAGGCUUUAGUUGUAGCAAAAGAUCCAGAUGGAAGGUUGAUUAUUGAAUUGUAUGAUGGUAGUGUUCAGAUUAAUGCUAAAAUAAACGAGAAGUUGGGUUUACUAGGCUUCAAAGGGCCAAAGAAAGUAGAAAAUGAAGAAUUGCUCUCUUCAGUUGAAACCCUUAAAGUAAAAAGCGAAAAUAGGAACUUACUUGCUGGAUAUUCCAGCAAAACAGCAAAUAAAUUAUGCACGUCAGAGAUCCAGGGAGAAUCAUGCAAACCUAAAAUCAGUUUAGCAUGUAAGGAAUUAAAAAACUUACAAAGUUCAACCAAGAUAGGCUUGUUAACUCAUUAUCAGGAAUCUGUGGGAGGUCAAAGUAAUCACGUGUCCCAUCCACCUAAUAAAAUAGGAGAGAAUCUUGUUCAGCCCUCUGUACAAAUGUUAGAGAGAAAUAAGGACUUACCGCUUAAAUUUUGUGAUCUACCUCAGAAGAGUAUAGUGCCUGGUUUUAAGACAAAGGUAUAUGUUUCCCAUAUUAAUGAUCUAACAGACUUUUAUAUUCAAUUAGCUGAUGAUGAGGAAGAACUUGCAAGUAUUUCAGAGAAGUUAAAUGAUGAUAAAACAAGACGGGAAUGUUUUGCUGGACGAUCUCUGGCAAAAGGAGACUUGAUAUGUGCCAUUUUUCCAGAAGAUGACUUAAGGUAUCGGGCUGUAGUCAAAGAGCAGUCUGGUGACCUUGUCACUGUACAAUUCAUAGACUAUGGGAACACUUCGGUGGUCAACAUUAGCAAACUAAGUAAACUUCAGAAAGCUAAUGCUUUAGUUCCAGGGAUGGGCAUUCACUGUACCUUGGGUGGGCUUCAUAUCCUGCAGAUUAAAAACCAAUGUCAAGAGCUUUACUUUUCAGAGAGAACAGGUGAGGCUCAGAUCAAUUGUGAGUUUGUCAUGAAAUAUGAAGAUAAGUGGGAUGUUUUGCUUACAGAUGAACAGGGUGUAAUAUCAGAGGAUAUGAUCAGCAAAUUUAUAUCUAAUGGAAAAUCACAAGUAGAAACUUCUGCCCAGGUAAAUGCAG